UUGGUGUGCACAUGAUGCAAAGAAUUUCUGAACUUCUUGCUCCUCAGGAGUGCCAGAUGCUUUAUACAAAGAUUACAACCCCAGAAGGGAAUAUAUUUGCAGAACUGGAUCGUCUUUCUGCAAAAAAGAAUAUUAUUAAAAAAACACGCAGACGCCGUGAGAUUACAACCAUAGAAGAUUGCAUCACCACUCUUACAAAAUGGCUGGUAAAGGAUGGAAAUAAAGUUUACUGGGAUCGGAUCUCACGAGCACUGAGGCAAAUUGGCCGUUCUGAUGUCUCAGCAGAACUAGGGAAAAAUUUAAAUCAGGACAAGAAUCUUGAAAUUCAGAAGAAUGUAGAGCAGUACCAUGAAUCUGUUGCACAGAUAAAAUCAUCACUUCUCCUAGCAGAAGAAGAAAAAUAUGGCGAAGAUAUCCUCAGAGGAAGAGAAGUGAGAGCAAUUAACUGGAAUGAUCUGGAACUUAUUAUAGAAAGGAAGAGGCUACCACCAUAUUCUAAAAAGAUAUCAGAUGGAUUGAAACCUUUUGGCUAUGGAGCUUUCUUUGGGCUCAUUGGAAGUAUAACUGUUUUCUUCACUGGUUCUCUGCUCUUCUUUUACAUCCAUCCAGUUAUGAUAUGCUGUGCUAAGAUAUGCUGUUGGAAAUCCUUGCUGAAGCUGUUGAUGAAGUGCUGGAAUUCAGCAUGCUCUGUUAUAAUCCACAGGAAACUGCUACAGAAGCAAAGGAAGAAGUACAACAAUGCACAUCGUGAAGUAUACUUCUCUAGUGAUGAGUAUGACGGUGAUAAACCUGAAAUACAAAGAUGCCAAAAAUCAAAUCAGAUGGACUCAGAGAUUCCUUCCUUCUUUAAAUUUAAAAUCUAGAACAUUUUUAUUAAUCAGGGAUUCUGUCUCAU